UUUGUUGUGUAGAUCUCUUUGUUCUGAAAAGUUUCGAUCUGUUCUUACCGUGCGGCAUUUUCCCAUCUUUUAUUAAAUCACGAUGGAUGUAGAUCAGAUCGGCCAGAAAGUGAAGUAUGCCAUUAAAUACAGUAUUCCAGCUCAUACUGGUGAUGUUAGAGCUGUAGCGGCUAUUCAACAUCCAGAAAAUUACAUAGUAACUGGUUCUCGAGAUACACUAGUUAAGCUUUGGGCUCCAAACACUGAAGGUGUUUAUGAGGAAGCAAAUGUAUUCUGUGGAGCAACUAAAUAUGUAUCUUGCUUGUGUGUAUUGCCAGCUAGCCAUGAAUAUCCUGAAGGUUUAAUUUUAGCUGGAAGUAGUGACUGUGCUAUUUAUGGAUUUGCAGUCAAUCAUUCAGAACCUGUAAUGAAAUUGCUGGCUCAUUCCGAUAAUGUUUGUUGCUUGUCUGCUGGACCUUUUGGGACUUUUGUAAGUGGAUCAUGGGAUAAAACAGCAAGAGUAUGGUCUGGCCAGCAGUGUCAUAUAGUUUUGACUGGCCAUAUGGAAUCAGUUUGGGCAGCUGAAUUUCUACCUGAACCAAAUCUUGUACUUACUGCUUCAGCAGACUUUGAUAUUCGUUUGUGGCGCUCAGGAAAAUGCGAAAAAGUUUAUAAAGGUCAUACUGAUUGUGUAAGAGGUUUGGCUAUUCUACGUCGCGAUCAUUUUUUGUCAUGCAGCAACGACUGCACAGUAAGAUUGUGGUCCACAGCUGGUGAUUUGUUAGCAACUUAUGAGAGUCAUACCGCUUACAUAUAUUCAAUAACUCUUUUGCGAUCAGGAGCUGAUUUUGCAACAUGUGGUGAAGAUAGUAAAGUAAAAAUUUGGAGAGAUGGAGAUUGUAUUCAAACGUUGUACUUUACCGGUAAAACAUUGUGGUCAAUAGCUUGCACAGCAAAUGGAAAUUUAGCUGUUGGAUGUAGCGAUGGAACUUUGUUUAUUCUGGGAGAAGUACCUAUGGAUGAAGAGGUUCCCGAAGAAAUUUAUGAGAGGCCAAUACAUGAAAUUACGGAUGAGUUUGACGAUGCUGAGAGCAUCUUAAGUAAAGAAGGUGAGCAUGAUGGAGAGACAAGGUUUGUGUUCGAACAAGGUAAUAAUUGUAUGGUCGUGUAUACAUGGGAUGCACAGUCAAAGCAGUGGGAAAAGAAGGAUUUUGCGUCGGAAGGAAUGAUUGGAGACAUUGGUAAAUUGCCCGAAAGUAACACAGACAGGGUGAAGACCAUGAGUUUUAAUGUUGAUGUUGAAGGUGUUAUGCAUCAGAUCGUAUAUAAAAUGGGUGAAGAACCUUGGGAAGUUGCUCAAAGAUUUGUGGCUGAGCACAAUUUACCUAUAGAUCAUGUUCAAACGGUUGCAUCUUUCAUCUUAGAUAACACUGGUGAUGGUGCAUUUAGUGAGUUUGAUAUUGUGCAAAAUGAAAAAUUUAUUACCUAUGACAUUGUAAAUGUUGAAGGUCUUACUGCAAAACUGACUGAAUUUAACUCAAAAGUGAAAAAGGUACAUCAACUUUCAGAAGAACAAUUGAAGCAGCUCUUGGUUUUAUUGACUUUGCCUAAUAAAGUUUCUGAGGAGCAAAUGUCUGCAUUGGAAACUGCUCUUAUGUGGGAAGAGGAAUUCCUCUUUCCAGUCUUGGAUUUACUACGUGUAGCAAUAAAAUGUGCUGGAAUGUACAGCAAGGUUUCUAAUCCUACUUUUAUAAACCACCUUUUGCAAGUUCUAACUGAAACUAAAUUUUGGAUGAAUCGCAAUUUGAUCAUUAAGAUAUUUUGCAACAUGUUUGGAUAUCGUGAGGGUAAACUAACUGUUCAGAAAUUUAAUGAGAGAAUUAUGUCAUCUGUUGGAAAUGUUCUUCAGAAAGGUGAUACACGUACUGAGAAAGCUGGGUCUGCUUUGUUUUUAAAUUUUUCAACUUUGCUUUCUGAAUUUGGAAUGUCUUGUAAUGUCAAAUUAUGUUGUGAUAGUGUAGUAGAAUUUAUAACUAAAAUAAGUGAUUUUGAAACCAUAUACCGAGUUUUGAUUGUAAUUGCAAGUAUGAUGGAUUAUGAUAAAGAUACCAUAAAAAUAUUUGAAGCUCCAAUAGUCGUUGGAGCACUGUUUAAUUUCCAAGACUUGAGAAUUCCUAAGACCCAGGAACUUCUCAAAGUGAUAUUAAUGCGAAUUGAGAAUUUUGAUGACCAUUCUGACGAUGACAAGCCAUCAACAUCUUCAACAUAAGUGCUUUAUUAACCUUUUCAGUGUAUUUACCAUUAGCAGUCAUCUGUAUUUACCAUUUUUUUUUUAGAUAUGGCAUCUUAAGUAUUUCUUUCUACACGCAACGAUGCAUCAAUUCCGUAAAAUAAAAAGAACAAAGUUGGACUGCAUAAAAUUUGAUACAUUCUCAAAAGUUUUAUACAUUCUAAAUUACUAAAGUCUAGUCAUUUAUGUUACUUACGAACAAAAAAAAAAAAAAAAAAAAUACGAUUAAGAAUUUUACAACCAUUCAAAAUUUAAGACUUACAGCUAUUUUUAAAUUCAUGCCAACUUUUAAAUACAUUUUUUUAAACUGUUAAAAUAUGUGUAUAGAUUUCGCCUUUUUUUAAAAUAAAAAUUUGGUUCAAUUAAAAAUUUUCUCUGUUGUUUUGCUUUUUUUUCUUCUUUUAACUUUUAAACUGAGUUCAUAACCUAAUGGUACAUAACAAUAUAGAAAUUAAUUUAAUAUUGUUAAUGAUAUAUAUUUUAAAUUUUUAUAAGUAAUUGAUUUCUUAUGGUUUAGCAUGCUGUUAUUUUAAAAUUAUAAAUUUUAAGUAUGAUCAUUUUCCAUUUUUGAAAUGUCUUGAAAAACUUUCCAGGCAUGUUGCAAAAUAUUAAAAAUCUGCAGUAUAGUUGUUCUUAACAAAUGUUUAUGGCCGCUUGGUUUCUAAAUAAAUAAAUUCAAGUAUAGAGCAUAUUGAGUAUAUAUAUAUUGGAAUUUUGUAUAAAAGCAGCAAAUGUGUAAGUUUUUGAUGCCAGUGUAAAAACUAUGAAAUUUAAAAUGUAUAUGAAAGCAAUUGUUAACAGCCAUCUGUGAUAUUGCACCUGUGAGUGUCUGUAUAAGUGCUCUUUUAUAUUAUAUACCUAUUAUAUUUGAAAGUUCUUCAAUUUUGUAAUGACUGUUUAAUUCUGCAAUUGUAUUUUUUGAAAGAACCAAAUAAAAUUUUC